AUGGUAUGUUUUUCAGCAGCAUGGUCGGAAAUAAUCACAGCUGUGGAACGAAUGCGUGCAAAAGCAGACGCAUUGCGUUUCUUUGCCAAAGGUAUCCAGGGAGAGACGUUGUUUGGUUUAAAUGAAUCCGCGAUAAGCAAGAUCACUGAAUCACUACCCGGUGUUGAUGGAUUAUUCACGUACACGUUCCGCCAUCCGGGCAGCCCUUUACUCGAUCUACCUCUAGCUGUCAAUCCAUCUGGAUGCGCCCGUUGUGAGCCAAGAUUUCGAACUCUCAUAAAACACAAGCAGCGUGCACUCGCAAGUGCGCCAUCUAGCAGGCAAGAAAACCGAUCAACACAAGACAUUGCGUCAAGUAGUAGUAGCGGACGAACAAGAGGACGUGUCGGAUCGUCUUUCACGGAUGAGUUGGCCAAUGCUCAAAUGCGAGCCAUGUUGCAAGCCUCUGGUAUUGGAGCUGAAUGGGCAUUGCUGCGACUUAUUAAAUUGGUUUCAAUAGUAACUGAAAGUCAGUUAAUUCCAAAUUACGAUUUUUACGUUUUGUCAUGA